AUGUGUGAUACCUCCAUAUCAAAUCAUGUGAUUGUUUGGCUUGAUGAGCACAUUGGUGUACCAGAUGCUGUACGUGAUAAUAUAGAUGUAAAAAAUUUAUUAAUAUGUUUGGAAAGGAAAAAAUUAUUGAUUUCUGAUAAAUAUCUUAAAACUGCAGCACGAACUAUAGAAUCUUGGAUGAAAACUUUACCAGCACCUGAUAUAAAUGAACUACAGGAAUUUAAUGAUUUAUUAAUUCGUGACUAUAAAAUAACGUUGGAAUGUUACAUAAAAGAAUUUGAAGAUAAUCAAGAUUUUUCAGAUACAGUAAUGUUAACUGAUUGUGGUAUUCAAAAAGUAAAACAAUUACAUGAUUGGAUUCCAGAACUAAAAUCAGAAAUGUUAAAAAUAAACCACACUCCAAAAGAAGCUCAAAAUCAAUCAGCACCAGCACCUAAUAUACAUGAUCUUUUACGUAGUGAUUGGUGUCAAUCUUAUACCGAAAAUUUGCUAUCUGAUUCCGAUAAUUUAUUUAUAAUUGAUACACCAGAUAUGUUCAAUAACAAAUAUAUUGUAUCCUUUUUUAGAAAAAAAGACAGAAAUGUUAUCGACUUUCUUGCAUACAUUCGCGAAAAUCAUGUUUGUGAUCAAACAAAAAAUAUUUCUUCGGCAUUUCCAAACAAUUCUCCUGAUCGUAUACCAACACAAGAUGCACAACAAGAUAUACAACUAUCGUCACAGAUAACAACAAAUCAAACAACGGCUGAUACUAUUUCAAACAAAAUGAAACAGUUAUUUAAAAAAAUUUUAUUAAUACCAUCAGUUAUACUAUCGUCAACAAAAUUGAAUAAAUCAUUAAAAGCAUAUAUGAUUGAAUUAAAGCCAGAUUGUUUGGCUAACAACGUAAAUUUUGUUGAAUCAUAUUUGAAGCUCUUACCAUCAAAAAGAAUUGAUGAAGUGGAAUUUGCAUUAAAAUUAACUUAUUUUGAUAUUAAUAAUAUUCAGUUAUAUUACGACACAUUAACAAAUGUUGAUACAAAAAAUAACACAAAUAUAACAAGUGUAGCAUUAACAUUGUUACAAAGUCCACCGUAUUCCACAUAUGUUUCAAACAUUGAUCCAAAUUUGGCAAAAAAUCCGAGUUCCAAAAAGUCAAGAACGACUGACAAGGAAAAAGAACCAGACAACAGUGAUGAAUUGCAUCAGCCAAAUUCACAACAACCACAAGAAGCUGAAAAUAUGAAAGUAGAACAUUUAACCAGAAAACGUCGCAUAAAAUUAACCUCAGUAGAGAAAGCCGCAAUCGAUCAAAAACAAUUAACACUCUCACGUUUGCCCUAA